CCUAAUCGUAAUCGCCAUGUCGUCUCCUCUCGCUUGUGUCAUUAUACUCGUCAUCAUCCUUGCCACGGUCCAGGCCGACCACGAAGCGGACUUGCGAGAAACCUAUGCGAAACUGAACUGUUUCAAAGGAUACGUGGGAAAGUUUAGUGACCAGUUGGAAGCGACGAUCAAGGAUUGCAAUUCAAAAUCUAUUGCGAGUUUUUGGUGUUACUUCUCUUGUUGUGAGGCAGGAAUGUCCGUCUUCGUAAAUGGCGCCUUCAACGAUACCGCGCGUGGGGAAGUUCUUCUGAGUUUUUUCGACCCUGCUGCUCCCGAAGCGACGCCCACCGUCGAUCAAUGGGUGAAGAUGCUGCAAUUUGUGAAGAUGAGGAAAUUAAGAAAGGGUUGAAGGUUCCAGCAGAUUACUCUGGCGAGUGUAAGGAUUACGAAGAGUUGAAGAAAUGCGUAGCAAAAGCGAGGAAAUGCCCUGCAUGAGUAAGCUGAUCGGUUUUCUCUAAAAAUUUGACGUUCUAUCCAACGGAAAUUGCGUCGGUCGUGAAUAAAUUCAUUAUUUUAAGUACAUUUCCAACUUUUAAGUGAUUAAAAAUUGAAAAAAUCAAAGAAAUUUGUAAUUAAAUAUUAUGUACAGACAAAUAAUUGUUGAUGGCUUGUACAAAUUAAAUCCACGUACGGAAUAAACAAAUUUUAUAAAAGCUGGAA